CCGAGCUCACCGCAAUUGUUUACUGCGAAGAAUCAAGAAAAUCUCGAUCUAGCCAUUAUUGGGAUGUAGCCAGCUCAUGAUUGAAUUCCCGAGUCUGUUCGCCCUCUCAUGCCGAGUGCCUUCGGAGGUUGAGGCGGAAGUGACCAAUCAGCGCGCACACCCGGCCCCAGCCCGGAAGGCCGCGCCGGAGUUGACCGGCCGGGCCGUGGCCUAGGUGCCGGUACUGCUCGGGGGGGAACGGUUGAGCAUAUGCCAGAGCAAUGAUACUUAAAGAAGAGCUCUGGUGCACUAUCCUCGAGAAAUGGUCCCCAAGAAGACAGUGGGACAUCCGAUUUCCAAGAGCUGUUAUUAGUCACCGGUGAAAGAUUAUUAUUGAAGUGUUUCUCUAGACAUCUCAUAUCGUAUACACCAUGGCAGCUGCUACCGAGUCCCGCGACACAAUCCGCAUUGGGGUGUUCAUCCCCUUUGGAUGUCAACUCCUGGACAUGGCCUGCGUCGACGUCUUCGGCACCAUGAGCUACGAGUACCUCUCGGUGGUAAGCGAGCUGGUUCCGGCUCCGAUACUCGAGCUCACCCCGAGCGUGAAGAUCUUCUACAUUUCUACCGUCCAGCCCGGCUCCCUCAUCGAGCUCACUUCCACGGCCCAGCUGGCCUGCACCCACCACCUGUCCGACCCGGCCGUGCAGCCAGGCCAGCUCGACAUAGUCAUCGUCCCUGGGCCCGACCCCUCCCUCGACUGGACGACGCAGGAGAAGAAGGAAGCGCUGGACUGGCUGGCGGCCCACGCGGCGCAGGUCGAGAAGACCGACAUCCUCUCGGUGUGCACGGGCAUCUACCCGUGCGGCGCGGCCGGGCUGUUGAAGGGCAAGAAGGCCUGCGGGCCGAGAGGACUGCAGGCUGAUCUGACGAAGAAGUAUGAGGGCGUGGAUUGGGUCGGGCACGAGCUUCGGUGGGUGAGGGACGGGAAUUUCUGGAGCAGUGGGGGCGUCACCAACGGCAACGACCUCGCGGCCGCAUAUGCGCGAGAGAGCGGCCGAUUCCCCGGACCCGUCGCCGAGCUGGCUCUGCUGAUGGUCGAUGUUGGCGACCGGCCGCAGCGAUAUACUACUGGGCUCGGGAAGAAGACCGCUUGAAAUCACGGGUCUGUUGGCAGGUGCAUGGCAGGGCAAGACUAUAUAUACAACAAGGACAGGUUGUAGCAUAGAUGAUGGCCGGCAACAUGGAAAUAUCAACCACGGAAUUGCCAACGACAACAGCCACCUGGUGUGGCGGUAUGUUGAGUGCUCGUAUCUGCUACACGGUAGGACACCAACGAUCAAUG